AUGUGCACAUCCAACUACUACAUCCCAGCAGCCCAAGCAAUCAGCGUCCUCGGCUGCGCUCUCCUCUCCGGAACCCUCCUCUCUCUCACCCUCUUCACAAUCCCAACCCUCACCCUCCCACCCCGACCAUCUCCCUCCUCCCCAACACCCAUCCACCCAACCCCCUUCGCUCCACCUCCCCAUCUAACCCACCAAUGGCUCUACACCUACAAAAACACCCAACGACUCCUCUCCCCCUUAGCAACCACCACCUUCACAGGCUACAUCUACCUAGCCUGGUGUCUCCGGAACGAUCCCACCGCCCGCGGCAAAUGGUAUCUCCUUGCCUGCGCGGUGAUGGUGGGUAUGUUUGUGUGGAAUCAUGUGGUUAUGAAAGGGGUUAAUGGGAGGCUUGAGGGGCAUGCGGGGAGGGAUGAUAAGGCGAGGGCGGAGGGGGUGGAGGGGAUGAAGAUGAGUGAGCAGGAGGUGGCGAAGAGGGGGAGGGAGGAUGUGAUGGCUUCGAAGGGAUUGAGGUGGUGGGUGUGGUUGAAUGGGGUUAUGGCAGUGUUUCCGUUGGGUGCGGCGGGGGUUGGGUUUUGUGCUGGGAUGUAG